GACUGACCGUGCCAGAGUUCGCUGUUGCUCUGACAAACACAAGAGCCGAGUUGCGCCACACUUCCGCACGUUCCGCUCGCGCGUGGCGCCGGAACGACAGAGAGGUGCCCCCGUGAUGGCCGCUUCGCUGGCCGCCUCGCCCUCCUUCCCGCGGCGCAGCCACCCGGCCCCCUUCGUACGGAGCGUGCCGUUGGCGUCGCCGCGGCGAGGAGCGGCCCGCCGCACCCUCCCCGCCCCGGCGCACGCUGGUGGGGACGGCGGCGGCGAGGGGGGCGCGGGGAGGAUACUGGACCCGCUCGCCACGCCCUUCCAGGUCCUCGGCCUCGACGCCUCGGCCGGCUACUCCGCCGCGCAGCUCAAGGCCGCCUUCCGCGCCCGGGUAAAGGAAUUCCAUCCUGACGUUUGCAAGGACACAGAGAAUGCAGAUUUGAUAAUGAGGCGGGUGCUGGAGGCCUAUGAGAUGUUAUCUGACAACAUGGGAAUGAUGCUUCAAAGGAACAAUAUUGACCCAUUUGAUGAACCUGAGUGUGAAGCUCGCGACAUCUUUGUCAAUGAGCUCCUAUGUAUUGGCACUGGAUGCCCAUAUUCUUGUGUUAAAAGGGCACCUCAUGCAUUUGCAUUUGCAGAUGACAUUGGUACAGCUCGAGCAAUAUCUCAAGGUAAUGGUGACGAUUACCCUGUCCAACUUGCUGUUGGGCAGUGUCCGAGAAAGUGCAUAUACUAUGUGACACCUUGCCAACGUACUAUUUUGGAGGAAGUUCUUGCUAGCAUAUUGAUGACGCCAUGGGACCUCUCUGAAGCAGCAGUUCUGGAUUCGCUCACGUCAAAAGCAAUGUUUGAGAAUAACAGGUACACGAAGCCCAAAAGAGAAGCAAAAUCAUCUUCUGACUAUGUUGAUUGGAUGUGAUCUGCUCCUGCAGAACAACCAAACACUGGCAGUCUCGACCAGAUUGUUUAGUCGUAUGCUAUGAUGAGCAUAUUGGUGUAGUCUAGUGUGUAGUGUAUAUAUAUUGUUGCAGUAUAGAGGGCAAAGCAAACAUAAUAAUCUGAAAUUGGCAAAGUAUACUGUUUAUUUUGUGUAUAGAAUGGAACUGGCUGUGCUUGGAAAAAGACCAGAAAUUCAUAGUGGGUUUCAAAGUGUUUUUUUGUGUAGUAGACAAUGGAUUUAUACCAGGAAUUUGGAGUUGUAUCUGUACAAAAAUACAAUGUUAAAAGAAAUUCGACAAAAAAAUCACACAUGUCAA